GCCAAUGGAGGCUCUGCAAAAGCUGGUCUGGACACAGGCGGGUGAGUGCGCGGGAGGCUUCCCGUCUCCCUGUUGUCAAAGCCGCUCGUUGCUUUUCGGGAGAUCCCCUUAAAGUUAACGCCCGGGUCGUUUUUGUUUCCCUCCCCAAUUGAUUGUAGCAGCUGCCCAGCCAUGGCUCUGCCUCCGGAGAAAGCCUCGGAGCUGAAACAGAUUAUUCACCAGCAGUUAACUAAGAUGGAUGUUCACAGCAGGAUUCGAGAAGUGCUUGCUGAGACCAUACGUGAAGAACUGCCACCUCAACAUCAGCAGCUAUCCCAAGAAGAUCUAAUGAAAGCCCUCACACGACGAGGAAUCAUUGAUGAUGUUAUGAAAGAACUAAAUUUUGUAACAGAUAUAAAUGACAAAGAAAUUACUUCAACUCCAAAACCCUCUACUCAUUUUGUUGACCGACAGGCAGCAGUGCUGAAGAAAACAAAUAUUGACCCAACACGAAGGUAUCUUUAUCUUCAGGUUUUGGGUGGAAAAGCUUUUCUGGAACAUCUGCAGGAACCAGAACCUUUACCUGGUCAAAUUUGUUCUACUUUGACACUUUGCUUGCAUUUCCGAAACCAACGUUUCCGCUCUAAACCUGUCCCAUGUGCCUGUGAACCAGAUUUCAGUGAUGGUUUUCUACUUGAAGUAUAUAAGGACAGCUUGGGUGAAGCAAGUAAAAUGGCAGAUGCAACCACUAUGCUAUCAAUUUGUGAUCCAGUGCAUAUUGUCUUGAUCAAAACAGACACAUCUGGUGAGACCACAUUAGUAGCAUCCUAUUUCUUAGAGUGGCGGUCUGUCCUUUGUGCUGAGAAGAGGAUUACAAAUGUUGCUGUUGAACUUCUGGGUGUAGGUACAGAAUCAAAAGUUUCUGUUGGAGUACUUAAUAUCAGACUUGAAAUGUAUCCAAAGCUAAAUAAGACACUUUCUCAGGAAAUAGUUACUACUCAGGAUGAAAAUGGGAUAAACAGGCCAGUCUGUUCAUAUGUCAAGCCUCUUCGAGCAGGCCGACUUCUAGACACACCCAGGCAAGCGGCAAGAUUUGUCAGUGUGCUUGGUUAUGAAAGAGCCCCUAUCAUUGGUGGAGGAAAUAGUAAACAAGAACAGUGGUGUACUCUUCUGGCUUUUCUAUGUAGAAAUAAGGGAGACUGUGAGGAUCACGCUAACCUUUUGUGCAGUCUUCUACUGGGAUUUGGACUAGAAGCUUUUGUCUGUGUAGGAACAAAGGCCAAAGGAGCUCCUCACACUUGGGUAAUGACUUAUGGGAUUGAUGGAAUAAUCACUUUCUGGGAGAGUUUAACAGGACAUAGAUAUAUCCACAAUCCUAUAAAACCUGAUGAUCCUCCAGUUGUUGAACAACCCAAGCCACUGUAUCCUUACCGAACAAUAGGAUGUGUUUUCAAUCAUCACAAGUUUUUGGCAAACUGCCAACCUACUGAUGCUGUAGAAGUCUGUGCCUUUGAUUUGCAUGAUGAAUCCAAAUGGAAACCAAUGAGUGGCGAAGCAAUCAAAUCUGUAUGUUCUCCAGGAGCCACGACUGCACUCCCCCAUUUUCCUCCUCUCUGUGCUUCAUCAGUAGAUGCUGCAGUGACAAGCAAUGAACUGGAGUUGCAACUAAGAAUGUUAGUGAUAGAACACAGGAAGGACCUUGGUCUUUCAACAGUUUGGGACGACCAACUUUCUUACCUCUUGUCACCAGCCUUGGCAGCCUAUGAACUUGAACGUACCACAGGUGUUUCUUCAGGUAAUGAAGAAUUUCAAGAUGCCAUCAGGAGAGCAGUACCGGAUGGACACACAUUCAAAGGAUUUCCCAUUCAUUUUGUACACAGAAAUGCAAGGAGAGCAUUUGCUGCAUGCCUUCGGUCUCCUUUUUGUGACGAAAUACUGUGCUGUAGAGGAGACCACGUGCGACUUGCCGUUCGUGUCAGGGUUUUCACAUAUCCUGAAUCUGCAUGUGCCGUAUGGAUCAUGUUUGCUUGCAAAUACCGUUGUGUACUCUAAGAACCACUUGCACUUUGAACCGAAAUCCUCCACAGUUAUGUCAAAGUCCCAUUGAGGUCAAAUACUUCUCACUAUUAAUGAUGUCAGGCUUGCAUUCUGAUCCUGAACACAUUUACUUGGAAGUAAAUCCCAUUGGUUUGUACUCAGCACUGCUUUUCCAAUUGCUCAGACUUUCACUUGUGCAACUGAACUUCCCCAUCCUCUUCCACCCUGCACCCACUGUGCACUCUUAAAGUCUGCUCCAGUGGGUUGGAGGACCCUCCAGAACAGAUUUUGAGGGUGUGUAUGGAUAGAGUUGAAGAAGAAAAAGUCCCACUAUGCAGAUGGAACUCUACUCAUUCAGUGUUGGAUACAACCCACUGAUUUCAGUGCAACAUUUAUCUAAGUGUGUUUAGGAUUACAGCCUUGAAGAGACAAGAUUGAAUAUUAUUGUAUUUAAUGGUCUGCCUUUAGUAAAGGCUUCUGCCACAAUAUAAUGUUAUGAGUUUUGGCUGUGUGAUUGUGUUCAGAGUAUCAUGACAGAAAAUCUUUGUAUAAAGUGUAAUUAAAGUAUUAUAA